CCCAAUUUCCUAAAAUUCACAUUUUUAUGAUACAAAAGCAGCUUCAAUUUCUCUUAUAAAGUAACCAACAAUAUAAUUUUUUACUAAUUUUGUGAUCAGUAUAUAAAAUGAUGUCGAAUAAAUUGUUGUCGGAUCAAGGUUUAAGAUUAGAUGGCAGAAGGCCACAUGAAUUACGGAAAAUAAGUUGUAAACUUGGUGUUUUCAGUCAACCAGAUGGGAGCGCGUACAUUGAACAAGGAAACACUAAAGUCUUGGCAGCCGUAUAUGGACCACACCAGGCUUCUGCAAAAAAGAGUAGUCAGGAUGAAGUUAUAGUUAACUGUCAGUAUAGUAUGGCCACAUUUUCAACCGGUGAAAGAAAAAGUCGUCCAAGAGGUGAUAGGAAAUCAACAGAAAUGACAAUAAAUUUGCAGCAAACUUUAAGGGCUGCUAUACUUACAGAAUUAUAUCCUAAAUCACAGAUUGAUGUUUAUAUUGAAAUUUUACAAGCUGAUGGUGGUACUUAUUGUGCUUCAGUAAAUGCGGCUACUCUUGCUUUAAUCGACGCUGGAAUUUGUAUCAAAGAAUAUAUUUGUGCUUGUACGGCAUCUUUAGCUAAUGGUGAUGUACCACUAAUGGAUGUUUCCAAUUUAGAAGAAAAUUGUGGUGGUCCAACUUUAUCAGUAGCAGCUCUUCCAACUUCAAAUAAAAUUGCAUUUAUGGAGAUGUCACAAAGAUUUCACUUAGAUCAAUUGCCAAAGGUUCUAGAACACGCUCAACAGGGAUGUCAAGAAAUCCGUUAUAUAUUAGAUAAAGCAGUUCAAGAACAUAUAACAUUAAUGGGUUACGCAAGUGAUUGGGGCAAUGUGGUUAAAAAUUAAAUUGUAAUUAUACCAAUUUUCGGUUUAAAAAUGUUUGCCUUGAUAAAUAUAGAU